AUUCGGAAGAAAAGCAGCGAUCAAGAGGUGCUCCGAAUGACAUAACAUAACCGAGUUCGAGGCAGAAAAUUUCAAAUGAUAAAGCAAUAUCGAAGCUCAMCAGCAAUAUAUUUUGCCCUAUUUCUUUGUUAUGGAGGGAAUUUUGGGUUACCGCACUGGUAUUUUUCCUUCGCUCUUUCCCCGCUGACGCACUCCACAAACAAUCGAUUAUGCUGCAGGAAUUCCAAACAAGACAUAAUGCUGUGGGCGAAGCCUCCGCCCGUGUCAAACUUUGACCUCUCUUCUAUCGAGGCGUUCGAGGCUGCUUUGGACCUGGAAGACCUCGAAGAAAAUGUUGAUUCGUUGGGAUAUGAUGUUCGUGAUGUCGAAGACGGCAACCAUGUAUCUCUUCCCAUCAAAGAGGAUCCAAUAAAAAUAGUAACUGUUCCGGACAAACUGAAGGGGAAACGAAUCGAUGCUGUUCUCGCUAAACUUUUGGAGCCCGAACAAUCUCGUUCAGCCUGCGGAAAUCUCGUCGCAGAUGGUUGUGUCCAUCAAAUUAUCACAAAAAAUGGAACCGAGAAUGAAGUUUUAUUGGACCGCAAAGCGUUUAAAGUCGAAGCUGGAAUGACUUUGAAAGUCACCUUACCGAAGAAAGAAAGGCCGGAUGAAAUCAUUGCCCAGAACAUCCCAUUAAAGAUUAUUUAUGAGGACGAGCAUAUGGUAGUCAUAAACAAAGAUGCUGGAAUGGUCGUUCAUCCUGCUGCUGGAAAUUGGGAUGGAACAGUUGUGAACGCACUAGCUUACUAUUUGGCAAACGAUAGUCCGUAUGGUACCGGUGAUUUUGUCGAUGGUGACGGAAAGAGUACAUUGAUUGGAAACGAUGAUGACGACGAUAUUCUUUCGCUUCGUCCUGGAAUCGUUCAUCGAUUGGACAAAGGGACGACAGGAAUUCUAAUUGUCUCUAAAACGGUAGAGGCGUUAACGAAGCUAUCGGAAGCUUUCGCUUCGAGAAAAGUCAAAAAAACCUAUCUGGCAGUAACUGUUGGCAAUCCAGGAAAGCGAGUAAAAAUUGAUAAGCCAAUUGGACGCCACCCCAUUCAUCGUCAGAAAAUGCGAGUUGUUCCUGAUCCGCAUAGGAAGAAUUCCAGUGGUAUCUCACCGAAGGAUAGACUGCGAUUCAAAAACUCAUUCCAGUCUUCGUCUCAGUCUGGAAGACGCGCGUUAUCAUUUGUCGAUGCCUUGCAAUUUGAUGGCAAGCUUAGUUUGGUACAGGUAAGGAUCGAGACAGGGAGAACCCACCAGAUCAGAGUUCACUUACAAGACCGACACACACCUAUUUAUGGCGACGAUGUUUACGGUAUUUCGGAUUGGAACAAACGAUUGCAGAAAGUUCAUGGUAUCGAGCGACCACUCUUGCAUGCACACAGAUUGGAGAUAAGUCAUCCGAUCACUGGCGAGCAUAUGGUGUUCAUUGCACCGAUGAGUGAAGACAUGGUCUCUAUUGCGAAAGGAAUUUGGCCAGACGGUCCAAACGUGAUUCCCGACGCAUACAAAUGAAGAAUAGAAAGCACGGGGCAUUAUUGAUUUUGUCUUCGCAUCUACUCUUACUAGUCGUAUGUAUGAUCCAGGCAUUUGGUUCCGUUUCUUCGAACAUAUUGAAGAACGUAUGCAUUGCUUGUCCUCCCUCCCCAUCCAAAUGAAUUUUUGUUCCUGUUCCUAAACAAACGUCCGAUUCGUCGAUGUAAACCACCACCUUUAUCACUGUUUUGAUAUUGUCCACCAAAUGAAUCCGCAGUAACAUCUUCGAAUGUUACUUCAUCAACGUUGUCAUCAUUGAAGCGGUACCACGUAUUACUUUCUAUAUCUGGUCGAACAUAGGCAUAGUAAUGGCCGAUGUCGUAUUCCCCCAUGUGAACGAUUACAGCUUGAAGCUCGUACUCAGCCCUGGGAUCACUUCCUUCCACAUCGACACAAAUCGAUGCUAGAUCAAGAGAUUUCGGAAAGGUAAAUCGAUUGUUCAGUUUCGUUGUGGUGUCGGUUUGCCAGUCGUAAUUGAAACGUUUCAAAUGAAAUUGCAAUAUAGGUGGCAAGCCUUUCGCAACCAAAGAUUGCCCCUUGUGGGCAUCUACCUUGUCUGCUCCCUUCUCUGGUCUCCAUCCGUUGCCCUGAGCCACGCUCAGCAGUUCGGGUUCACCGAAACUUUCCUCCAGUGAUUCCUGGAGCGAGGAACUACCAUGUUUUGUUCGAGCGCAAAAAAAGUGCAAAACCGGUGAAAUAAUCCGUCUGGAAAAAGACGAUAUCCAAGGUCGUCGAGAAGGAUAUAACGACUUACCUUGUUGCAACAUCCAGCGAUAGAUCCAAGAAGACUUCGUCCCUCCGUUUUUCUCUUCCGGACCCGUCGAUUGCGGAUAUGUAGUCCUCGUACACGCCCUUGUAUAGAUCUGAAAGCUCUUCUACCCCAGCAGCUGGCAGCAAUAAUUUCCAAAACUCUUGUGAAUCUUGUUGUACCAUGGGUGGAAUGCCGAGUCGCGCGCAAAAUGAUCUGGGCAUGUAAGGCAACGAUCCCUGGUUUGUGGCAGCCUCAAUCAUGUUUUCGAAUACUUCUUUUAAGGCCAGCGCUGCUUCGGUUGUUUCUUCUCGAUCGACUUCAACAGACUCGUCGUCGUCAUUGGCAUCUGCCGAUGAAGAAAGCAUCUGGGAUGGCGUCACAGAUGUAGCAAUGUCUCGUACGGCUUCAAUAUGAAAAGCACACUGAAGCUGUGCAUUCAUGUAGCAUGUGUUCCCUACGUUUCUCAGACCAUUCGAAACGAUCGUGGAUGAUUUGUUCGCUUCGGAAAGCGCCAGGACGCCAACGGAGGCAUACCGAUAGUUGCCGAACAAACUCGCGAUGGCAAGGAAAGGGAGAAUAAAAUUAUUCAUGCCAC